AUGGAUUUAUUACACCUAGUGAACAAUUUCUCUGGUGUUUUAUCAUUUGCUAAUGUUCGCGCUAAAGCUGAUGAUUUUGUUAUUGAUCGUUUAAGUUAUAAAUUUACAUCAGCUAUUUUAUGUGUAUUUGCUUUAUUUUGUGGCGCCAAAUCAUCUUAUACUGUACCAAUUAUUUGUUGGACACCUGCACAAUUAAAACGAUAUGAAAGAGCUAUAACAGCUUAUUGUUUUGCAAAUAAUACAUAUUAUGUACCAGAUGAUCAACGUGUACCUUCAUCUGCAAAUGAACGAUAUGAAGGUUUGAUUAUUUAUUAUCAAUGGUUGCCAUGGAUUUUUGCACUUCAAGCAGUUCUGUUUUAUUUACCAAAAUUAAUUUGGCGUUUAGCUGUUUCAGGUAGUCAACAUGAUAUAAGAUCUUUAUUAGAUAAUGCAAGUGAAUUAUAUUUUAUACCUAAUUUUGGAAAGAAAAAAUCACUUACAGAAUUUCGUAAUAAUAAACUUGAUUAUUUAGAUUCUCGAUUAUUUGUUCGAGAAGAUGGUGAUAUAGUUACUGAUAGUCUUCAUCAUCAUAGUCGUAUAUUUUCAUGUUAUUUAAUAAUAUGCUAUAUUGGUGUAAAAUUAUUAUAUUUGUUAAAUUGUUUAUUUCAAAUAAGUUUAAUUCAUUUUAUGAUUGGUACACGUCCAUUUGGUAUAAAUCGUUUUCAACAUUUAAAAGAAGAUACAUUUGAAACACAUUUUAUUGGUCAAUUUAUAAAUAAAAUAAGUUCAGGUGUAUCUGAAUUAAUUGAUACAAGUGCAUUUCCAAAACGAACACUUUGUGAUUUUACAUUUCGUGAAUUAGCAUCAAAUCAUGCAUAUACUGUUGAAUGUAUAUUACCAUUAAAUAUAAUUGUUGAAAAAAUGUAUGUCUUUUUAUAUAUUUGGUUUAUUUUCUUAGCAUUUAUUAUCUUUAUUGAUUUAAUGAAAUGGAUUGGACAUUUAAUACAUUAUCUUGUUAGUAGUGAUAAAACACGUGAACAUUAUGUACGAACACAUCUUAUUUAUCGAAGAAAUUAUGAUCCUGAUCAUAUUACUAGUUUUGCUAAAGAACAUCUUACAGGCAAUAACUAUUUUAUACUUAAACUUUUAUCUAAAAAUAUUUCAAGUUUUGUUGUUGUUGAUUUAUUAGAUUAUCAUUUUAAUCCAAAAGCAAGUAAUAAAAAAAAUGAAUAA